GCGACGGCUACAGAUCGCUCACUCUUCAUUCAUACUCGCUCUUUCUCUCUCUCGCUCUUUCUCUCUCUCGUCUCAACUCAUCGCGGCACUAAUAUCCCGCUCUUUUUCCCCUCUUUCUCUCUCUAAAAUCUCUUCUCAAAAUCAAUUUCUCUCUCUCUUCAGAUUGCAAGCGAAAUGCAAGAACAAGCAACGAGUUCAAUCGCAGCCAGCUCUCUGCCUUCAAGCAGCGAAAGAUCCUCCAGCUCUGCUCUUCAAGUUGAAGUCAAAGAAGCGAUGGAAAGCGAUGAGGAGAUCAGAAGAGUUCCCGAGAUCGGCGGCGAAUCGGGCGGAGCAUCGGCUUCUGGCAGAGAUACCGGUUCGGUGGGCGGUCCGGACCGGGUCCUGGUCGCAGGGGAAGGGCAGAGAAAGAGAGGAAGAAACCCGGCUGACAAAGAGAGCAAGAGGCUAAAGAGAUUGCUGAGGAACAGAGUUUCAGCGCAACAAGCAAGGGAAAGGAAGAAGGCGUACUUGAGUGACCUGGAAACUAGAGUUAAAGAUUUGGAGAAAAAGAACUCUGAGCUUGAAGAGAGACUUUCCACUUUGCAGAAUGAGAAUCAGAUGCUUAGACAUAUAUUAAAGAACACAACGGCGGGUAGGAGAGGAGGUAGUGGUGGUUCAAACGCUGAUGGUUUGUAAGGGAGGAAGAGAGUUGACUUAGGGAAGCUAAGGGGAAACAGAAAUGGUAUA